AUGGGUCCGAGACUGCCCGCGCGCAACCAGGCUACAGCGCGGCAAGCUCGGAAGAAGAAGAAGCAGGAGCUCGAGACCUUUGCCUUCGAGCCGGAUGAAGAGGACCAUUGCGAGACGCCUGGAAGCGCUUACAAGCACAUCGUUCACCUCCUCCGGGAGAUCGCCCAAGCGGAGUUCCCGGAGGACCACUGGAGGGUCGCGUCAAAGAAGAUACGCAUCUACGACCCGUACUACUGCCAGGGGGGCGUGAAGUCGCGACUGGCGCGCCUGGGCUUUGAGAACGUUUACAACGAGAAUGAGGACUUCUACAAAGUUUGUGCGCAAGAGCAAGUUCCUGGCUUCGACGUGCUGGUGACGAACCCGCCCUUCUCAGCCGAUGAACACUUUGCUGUUGCCCUGGACUUUGCCAUCCGCAAGCAGAAGCCCUGGUUUAUGAUACUGCCGGUGCACCUGGUCUUCCGAAGCCUCUUCGUGAAGGCCACCGAAGACCUGCCCUGCAGGCCUUUCUUCUUGGCGCCGCCCAAGAAGUACAAGUUCCGGACCCCGGCGCCUCUGCCACCGCCUAAGCUUGACAAGGUGCCCUGCGAAGUGCGCAGCGUGCCCCGCGCGCCCGAGACGCCGAUUGUCUCAGGCGCGCCGGGGUCCCUGGUGCAACUGCCCUACGAGGAGGCGGUGGCACACAUCGAGCAGGACCUGCUGGCGGCGCUGAGAUGCGCGGACAGCGGAUCCUACCCGCUGCUGGGGGCCUGUGAGCCUGGGGAGCUGUUGGGCUUCUACCAGGAGGUUGUGCAGCGCGGGAGCACCCGAGACACCUGGGAUGCAGUGAUGUACCAGCGCAUCAGCAACUCCUACGCUGCGAGGCGUCCAGAGCUGAUCUGGCUGGACGACAAGGUGGCGCAGGUGCAACGGGUCUCAGAGCUGCUUGACUGCGGGGUCCUUCACUUGCCGCUGCUGGCACACGCCGCGGCCGAAAAUGGCGAGAGCGUGGAGAAGAUGCAGAAGACGCUGCUGGAGGUCGCCAUGAACGAGCCCGUUGUGGUCAAGCCCAGACAUGGCGCAAACUCCUGCUUCGUCAGCUUGUGGCCACAUCCGGGGGAGAUUGGUGAGCAGCAGCUGCUGAGAAGCAUUGAGGUUGCUAUGGAGGGCGAAGACCACUCGUGGGAGAAGGAGUGCUGGCAGCUUUCGCAGGUGCCGCGCGGGGCAAUUGUGCAGCCGAUGUAUGCCAUUGCAGUGAGUGGCCAUGGUCCUCGCAGUCGCUCUGCACCGAUGGAGCUGAAGGUGCAGGUCUUCUUUGGGCGAGUGGUUGGUGCCACCUUGAACACGCACCCCCAGCCUUUGUGGGUCGCGUGGAACGGGGUGAUCCAGCUGUGGGACAGCCAGGAGCUGAUUGCCAGGGGCCAGGUGCGGUGCAAAAGCCUGGACCGAUGCUAUGGCCGCACUCUGCCUCCGGAGCUGCUGUGGCAAUUGCAGGCCCUGCGCACGGUAGUGGACCACUCGGCCUCCGCGGCGGGCGGCGGAGCCGCUCUGGGCACUUCGGGGCACUUUGAAUGCUCCUCCACCACCGGGGAUCCGGUGGCGCCGCCCAAGGCCAUUCUCGAAGACCACGAGCAGGGGGAUGGCUGGCAUCUCAUCAUUCUGGUGAGUGGCUACUGGAGUAACAUCAAGGAUGGCAGUCUGAUGCAGGUGGCUACCAGCCUCUGCGAAGCCAGCUUUGGAGCGCCGGAUCGAUCAUUGAUUGUGGUCUUGGACUCGAACUUGGACCUCCACAAAUCCGUAGAGCACUUUAAUCUGCAAGCGGAGCGUGCCGGCCAGGAGGUGCUAGAUCUUCUGGACGCGAACGCGCGGCAGAACCGGAGCUUCGCGGGCUACUCCUUGGUGGGCCACUCCUUGGGCGGCCUCGUGGCGCGGAGCUUGGCCACGCAGCUGGCGGAGCAACGGCCCGCCCUGCUGCCCCGUACCUACAUCUCGAUUUUCACCCCGCACCUGGGCCUGCAGGGCUUCGUCGCGGAGAAGGUGCUGCCGGCCUUCCUGGCGGUAGCGCGCCGCUUCGAUGCAGGAGGUGCCGCCGAUCUUAUGGAGGAGGAUAUCAUCAAAAGCGCGUUGGUGAGCAUCUCCGCUCAGAAGCACCGCGAAGCCUUGGAGCGAUUCCAGAAGCGGGUGCUGUAUGCAUCAACGUCUGAUUGGCUGGUGGAUUUCGGCAGCGCGGCAAUGACUUCGGCAUCUGGCCCCGAUGACAUGGCUGAUGACGAUGAGGAGCCGGAGAGCACUGCUGUGGAGCAGGAGUACGAGUAUCCCCUGCUGCGGCUGCGGGAAGCACCCGCGCCAAAACCUGUGAAGUGCUUGGACAACACGGUGCGCUGCGCUGUGCUGCGGAUGUUGGCACCUGUGAAGUUCCGGCGAAUUGUGGUGGAGUGGGGCCUCUUCGAACCGGAGAAGCACUCCAACAAGGCCAUGAGCUUUGCGGAGCAGAUGGAGCUGCACCGGCACAUGGCCACGGAGUUGGGCUCCGCCUUUGCACUGCCCCGUGGUGCCAGGUGCGCCCAGGACUACUGCGCUCGGGGCCUGGAGUGCCGUCAGGGCCGCUGCCAGGCCAAGCUGCUCACCAGCGCGGCAUGCGGCGCGUCCGAGGAAUGCCAGAAAGUGGGCCGUCAGCUCAACCGCAUCAUCAAUGCCACGACCCUCAUUGUGACCAGCAGUGGGGGCGGUGGUCAUUUGGUGGCCGCAAGGAACUUGUACGAGGGCAUCGUUCAGGAGGCACAGGCUUCCUAUGCCUCAGCGCAGCGUCUUCUUGCGGACCACAGGACGCUCUUCACUGCCGCUACAGGCGAGCAGCUCGAGGCCACGCUGAGGCAAAUGCAGAUGGGCAAGCCCCCUGUGGAGACGAUUGACAUGAUGAAGUCGGGGUGCACGGACAUCUUGGGCAUUUCCAUGGGCGACUUCAUGUCAAAGCAGUGGGACAGCCGACAGCGCGCCGGGGACAUCGAGGGCUUGAAGAAGCUGGUGGCCAAGCAGCCCUGGACGCAGUUCCUCUUCGGCUCGCAGUGCAGCACCUACAUUAAGAAGGUGCUGCGGGGAAACAACCUGCAGGGCCUUCCAGUGACAAGGCUGUACUCUACACAGCCGCUGCUCAUCGCUUCGCUGCUUGAGGCGGCAUCAAAGGCUUCGAAGGGGAGGACAGAUCCUGUGGUGGUAGAUCUCUUCAUGACGGAUCUGCCCACCAACGAGGCCGUGCACUUCUUUGCCGCGCUCCAGAGCAUCAAGCCCAAGCUGGACUCGGAGUGGAAAGGCAAGCUGAUCCUUCACAGCCUGCCGCCCGCCGGAAUGGACGCCAGCGACGUUUCUGGCGGCCAGGCGGAGAUGGAGCGGCUGUCCGGGGUCCCCAGGGAGCAGAUCUCGCUGGAGAAGUUCAUGCCCAUCAACAGCGCCUUCACAAAAGACAGCGGUCUCCCGGCACCGGGGAAGGAUGUGGCGAUGAGGUUCAAGGCUCAGCUGCCGCUGGAGGAGGAAUUCUUGGCGGAGCUGGGGAAUCCGCUACUGGUGGGGGACGAGGACGAGGUGGUGCUGGUGAUGCUGGGCUCUCAGCCCACGGCUUCGGCGGUGAAGGGCUACGCGGAGCAGAGCCUGGAGCUCCCGGAGCCCGCGAAGGGCACCAGGUACGUCUUCCUGGCCUGUGGCAAGCCCAGUGUGGAGGCCUAUGCGAACCUCUACAGCGACCUGGUGCUGCUGGCGCGCGGGGUGGCCCCCGGCAGUCGCACAGUGCUGGUGCCAUUCACAGGGCAAGAUGCCAAGAAAUUGCUGGGCCGAGCUGACAUCUCGGUGACGAGGAGUGGGGGCAUGACUGCUGGGGAGCUCUUGGCGCUGCGGAAACGGGAGACAGACCGGAAGCAGGCGCUGCUCCACGUGGAACCUUUGACCCAGUCGGCCACCGAAGUGCUGGCGCAGUCGUUGGGGGACAACGAGGAUGACGAGCAGUCCUUCACCGACGCAGCGCUGGAGGGCAUGGUGCCUUGGGAAGCCGGCAACGCGCGGUAUCUCAUCGCCACCACCGGAGCCAAGGUGGUCACACCCAAGAUUUUUGCCUCCGCGGUGCAGAACCGAUCCGUCCUGCCCUUCGAGCCCGAUUGGAAGCUCUUCCUCCACCUCCUCGGGUUUGGCAACGAUAUCAUCGCCUACACCCAACGCCAGUGGAAUUUGGGGUGCAAGGCCUUGGCGUGCAGUCCGGGCAUCAAGGACCGCCCGGUGCGGCGAAUGGAGCUGCCCGGAGGCCGCAAAUGUCAGCGAGCCUUGCGGCGUCUUGGCGGGGAUGCGCCCAAGACCUUCGGCUAUACCGCAGACGUGCUGUCGGAUCUCACCAGCGAUCCGUUGGCGGCGUUUGGCCUGGGUGACGCUUUGGCAGCGAAGAACCGCCUCGGGCGUGUGCCGAAUGGUUUCCAAUGCGAUGGCACCUUGACGGUGCUGCGACGGAGGCCCUCGUCGAGGGGGGCGAAGUUUCUGAAGCUGCACAAGCUAGUGGACAAGGCGGCGCAGACGGCCGCCACCGCCUGUGGCUUUGUGUUUGCGCACGUGGAAGAAGGAGCAGCCGCUCCUGAGAUCGAGCUCGUGAGCAAGUCGGAGCCGCGCGAUUCGUUUUUCCCAGUUGCUCCUGAGAUCGAGCCCGUGAGCAAGUCGGAGCCGCGCUUAGACGAGCUGCGAGUGGAUUGGCUGCUGGGGGAUGCCAAGUGGGGCCCGCGGAUUGGAGAGCUCACCUACGUGGGCGCAGGUUCCCGUGUGACGCCGCCCUUGGCCAUGCGUCUGGCCAAAGCCUUCGCAGCGGGGCAUUUGCUGCGGCUUCGGCGCCUGCGAUUGGAGGAGUGGGAUCAGGUGUGUUUUUAUUUACACCCGUUAAAGGGUCCCGUUAAAGGGUCCCGUAAAAGGGUCAUGUGUGUUGUUUUCGUGUGUGUGUGUGUGCCUUUUCAAGGCGAAUGUUAG